CCCGAUUAGCAUCCCCUUGUUAUCCGAAGCCGCAAAUUCCUGACCCGGAUAUAUCAGGCACUGAGAAUAAUCUGCCCAGCGAAUAUUUCGAUGCCUCUGAGGACGUACGUGUUGGAAACGAGCCCCAACACCCGACUCCCGACUCUGGCGGGGGAGGGGGCCUGGCUACUGUUGGGUUUCGUCGGGGGUUCAAGCGAGCGUCAAGCGCAUCUGGAGGAGAUUAUGUGCAUUAUGAUUGUGUGCGUUCACAACGUUGAGAAAGGUGUUGCUCACGUUUGGGGAGCGGCUGCUCUUGGGCAUGGAUGGCAAAAGCGCUGAUCGGCGAAGCCAUUGACUUUCUAUUAGUAUUCUCAGCUCCACCGCUUUUCUAAUUUCUUGGGAUCUACUACUGACUGAUCAAAAGUCAGAAUCAUUUGUCUAUCUACUUGGACCCCGAGCAGUAUUCCCGCGAGUUGACAGCCAUCACGAUUUUCGCUGUUGAAUUCUCACUGUUCCAUGCUUCCUACUCCUGGUAUAAGAUGGGCCUCCCGACUUCUCAAAUCCAAUGCAAGGUUCGGUCUCAAUUCCACUCUCAAGGCGUCUGCCGAGGUCCGGUUGUAUUAGCUGAAGGCCAGAUAAAGAGAUGGAGGCAUUCAAGAAACUCGCUGUCCUGCUUAAGGCUCUGAUGCUUAUGUUCUUCAGGGCCACUCUUGUGGACGCGGUGCAACCCUGGGCUACCACAAGCUGGGGCAAUGCACAUGCAACUUUCUAUGGUGGCAAUGAUGCAUCGGGCACAAUGGGUGGAGCUUGCGGUUAUGGUAAUCUCUAUUCUCGGGGUUAUGGAACUGCUACCACCGCUCUGAGCAACGGUUUGUUCAACAACGGGCUCACCUGCGGAGCUUGUUUCACGCUCGUUUGCAAGUUGGACGGAAGCAGAUGGUGCUAUUCUGGGGGGAAGCAGAUCACUGUGACGGCCACCAAUGCUUGUCCUCCGGGUUCCGAAGGUGGCUGGUGUGACCCUCCCCGUCUCCACUUCGAUCUCUCCUACCCCAUGUUUCAGAAACUUGCUCAGCCUGUCGGUGGUGUCAUCCCCGUCAGAUACAAAAGGGUGCCUUGCGUCAAACAAGGAGGGAUACGCAUGAGCCUGUAUGGAAAUCCCUGGUUCGACUAUGUACUUGUCCACAAUGUAGCAGGGGGUGGAGAUGUGGCAGCUGUAUCGAUCAAAGGGAGCAAAACCAACUGGGUCGUCAUGCAUCAGAACUGGGGACAGUACUGGUCCGCCAGUUCAUACCUAGUCGGCCAGGCUCUCUCUUUCAAAGUGACUUUAGGCAAUGGAAAGAGCAUCGUAUUCUGGGACAUCGCUCCCAAGAACUGGCAGUUUGGUCAGACUUAUGAAGCCGACAACAAUCAAAAUUUUUGAGGUUACUUUAGUAGUUGAACAUCUGGUGAAGUUCGACACUAUCCAAAACAGAAGAGGUGUGUACAGUUCAGAAUGAGCGCCCUCUGUUGCUUUCAAUACAUACACCAGUGAAGUCAGUAUGCAGCACGUGAGCACAGAACAGAAGAGGCGUGUAUAUACCAAAGACGCCCACUGUCAGUCCUACAAUCCUACAGAUAGGAUCAUGCUUUCAGUCUCAGUUUCCUUGGAAGUCAUCUACUUCACUUGUACUUUUAAGCUUCAUAUACUAAGAACUUCAGGAGAUACUUGGCAGUAUCAAUCU